UGAUAGUCCUGAUUUGGAAAAAUCAAUCAACGAUCGAACAGGUUCAAUUGAGUUACGGUAAAGCAAAACUUGAAUAUACAUAUGUGCUCGUGGACCCGACCUACUCGUCGGUUCCUUUCAACAUCCUCUCCAAACCUGCAGGCUCUCGAUGCCUGGAUAGCAUCCCCGAAAUCACUUGUGCUCACUGAUACCUUUCAUUCUGGUCACCUUUCGGACCUCUACAUCACUCUACCCACUCGCGACGGCACACGUGGUCGCCCGUUUGCAUCCCCUGUAGAAGGUACACCUCUCGGAUAUGGACACCACCUUGUCUUCUUCCACCCACGUAAUUCCGAAGCAUUACUGCGCACAGAUGGGACCGACGCUGACUUUUGUCCGCCUGAACCAUUCACACGCCGGAUGUGGGCGGGUGGUACCAUGACAUGGAAUAAGGAACGAGCAUUGAAAGUAGGAGAGAAAGCGACUGCAGUGUCUACUGUAGCCAAGGUAGAGAAGAAAGGAUUUGAGGUCGGGAAACCGAUGAUAUUCGUCAAACAGAGAAUUGAAGUGACUGUGGAAGGACGAAGUGAACCUGGGAUGGUGGAGGAACGAGCACAUGUCUACCAAGCAUCUGUAGCUGGUGUAGGGAGCCGCGUACCCCGUCAAGUAAAGGAUCUCCCAAAGUCUGAAUUCUCGUUGUCCUACACUCCGACCCUGACGACGUUAUUCCGCUUUUCAGCUCUCACAUUCAAUGGGCAUCAUAUACACUUGGACAAGGAUUAUGCGCAGAAAGUUGAAGGAUAUCCAGAAAGACUCGUUCAUGGGCCCCUGACAGCCCUUUUACUUUUAGAGAGCCUUAUUUACUACCGCCCAAGGGCUCAACUGCGCACCUUUAGCUAUCGCGCACACAAUCCUAUUUUCGUGAAUUGUGCUGCGACGAUACAUGGUGCUAUUGUGGCAAAGGACAGAGCGGAAUUGUGGUGCGAAAACGAUGAAGGGGUUGUUGGCAUGACUGGCGUUAUUCAGUUCGAUGAAUAGAUCUGCGAUGUCGUCGCAUCAAACCUCCGUUCGCAGUCUUCUCGGGACAUCGACAACGUCAAACUCGUACGACACCGACGCUCGUAGCUGUUUGUGCAGGCAAUGAUGUUGGAACAGAAUUUCAGACGAUAUCAGAUGAGUAAUGUGUUUGUGUUGGUUCGAUAGUACAU